UUUCUCGCACUCAGACCUGCUCAACUGGUAAGAGUCAAAUAUGGGACAAGCACUUUGCUGUAUUCAAGUAGAUCAGUCAAACGUGGCCAUCAAAGAGACUUUUGGAAAGUUUGAUGAUGUGCUUGAGCCUGGCUGUCAUUUCUUGCCUUGGUGUCUGGGGAGUCAGAUAGCUGGGCACCUUUCAUUGCGGGUGCAGCAACUUGAUGUUCGAUGUGAAACAAAGACUAAGGAUAAUGUCUUUGUCACUGUGGUUGCAUCUGUUCAAUACCGCCCUUUGGCAGAGAAAGCAUCUGAUGCUUUCUAUAAGCUCAGCAACACCAGGGCGCAGAUCCAAGCAUAUGUUUUCGAUGUUAUCAGGGCAAGCGUGCCAAAGUUGGAGUUGGAUUCUGCCUUCGAGCAAAAGAAUGAGAUAGCAAAAGCUGUUGAAGAUGAGCUUGAAAAGGCUAUGUCAGCAUAUGGUUAUGAGAUUGUCCAGACACUUAUUGUGGAUAUUGAACCAGACGAGCGUGUAAAGAGAGCAAUGAAUGAAAUAAAUGCAGCUGCUAGAAUGAGGGUGGCAGCAAAUGAGAAGGCUGAAGCAGAGAAGAUAUUGCAGAUCAAGCGAGCUGAGGGAGAUGCAGAGUCCAAGUAUCUGUCAGGGCUUGGUGUAGCUCGCCAGCGCCAGGCCAUUGUGGAUGGAUUGAGGGACAGUGUACUGGCCUUCUCUGUGAAUGUGCCAGGGACAACAGCAAAGGAUGUAAUGGACAUGGUACUUGUGACCCAAUACUUUGAUACAAUGAAGGAGAUUGGAGCAUCAUCAAAGUCUUCUGCUGUUUUCAUACCUCAUGGGCCCGGAGCUGUGAAGGACGUUGCUUCGCAGAUUAGGGAAGGUCUUCUUCAGGGUAAUGCCAUUUCGGAGUAAAGGACAUUACUUGGUGGUCUAUGUUUCUGUUAUAGUUAGCGGCUAAAUC